AUGUUGGACAGAAUAACUAGUCAAGCGCACUCCUUUGAGCUAAAGACUGGAUGGCCCGGGGUGCUACCACUGGUAUGCCUCGUUUUCAUUUUUAGCUGGUUCAAGUGCCAGCGCAUAACAGAGCAGCCGCCUCUAUCGCCAACUUGA